UUCCUCGGCCAGGGAUUGAAUCUGAGCCACAGCUGUGGCAAUGCUUAACCCACUGUGCGAGGAAGGGAACCUCUCCCUCAGGUCAUUCUAAUGUACAGCCAGAGUUGCAACAACUGCUGUAGAAACUGCAAGGUGCCCCAGGUGAAGAUAACGUGUUUACUUGAAGAGAUCCUCAGAUACACCCUCCAACAUCAACAGAGACAUAGGGUCUUGCUGCCAUUGUUAGGAUCCAAAUACCCCAGAAGCGACAGCCCAAAGAAUCCCUCGACUUCCAGGAAGUCUUCAAAACUUGUCCCUUCACAACAUUGUCACCUUAUCUUGAUUUGAAGGCAGUUGCUAAGGUCCCACCUGGGGCAAAUAUCCAGUCAGAUUUGCUGGUUUUUACAGUGCUCAGGAGGGGUACUAACUCCUGACCAAUAGGAUUGGAAGGCAAGAAGGCCCCCAAAGGAAGUUUCCCUGGAAAAGGGGAGAGGUGCUUCUGGGUGGAGAACCUGCAUUUUUGUCUCUCUGGGAAGGUCAUUGUCUCAGGAGACCCCUCCUCCCAUUCAUAGACUUUCCCAAGGGAAAUACCUGGAAAGUCGGGGGCAGAGAGAAGUGGGCGGUGUGGUCAGGUAUGCCUAGCAUUGACCCUGGGACCUCAGGAGCCCUCUGCUAAGCUUGGGGUCUAUUUCCCCUAAGAAAGGGUGAGAAUGUGGAUGAUUGAAUAACACUCAACACUGAUGCAAGCAACAUUUCAUUGCUUGGCUACUUGUCCAAAGCCAGUGCCAGGGGGAAGUGGAAGGGAGGGCAGCUGGGCAUUCCUUUUCACCUAGUAAUUCUACUUGCAAGAAUCUGUCCUGGGAAAACAACCAGAAAUGAGCCAUUUUGUUUUCUGCAGUGCAUGCGAAAUGACAGGGCAUCCAUUGUGAUGCUGGCUAUGGCUGCAUCAUAAUAUCCCUUUAGUAUGUGGGCUGACAAUGGAAGCUAGCACAUAACAUAACGAUGAAUGAAAAGAGACACAAAAGUAUAUAUGUCAGAAACAAAAGCUACGCGUCCUUCAGUGUGGGGUAUAUGCGAUGCUGAGUCUCCAGGACUAGCGGCCCCCGGAGGUCGGGUGGCAGAUCGGCGGCGGCGGCAGGAGCCUUGGAAGCGCGCGGGCUCCGCCCCUCGAGGGAGGCGGGCGCCGAGCCCCUCGCCUUCGAGCGCCCGCCAGGUGCCCUGGAGAGAGGGUUGGAACUUCAGCGGCGAGGACCCUGGGGGCGGCGGCGCCUCUCUGGGGACGUCCGCAUGCAGCUGGCGGAGAAAGUCUCUCUGAGGGCCACCUGCAGCGACUCGGCUGCCGAGCGGCCCAGCUUAGUGAACAACCUAGAAGAGAAGUGGAACCAGAAGGCGAUCGGGAACUACUAUGAGCUGUUCGCCGCCUCGUUGGGCAACCUGGAAUGGUUGCGGUUCUGUCUAGAUCGGCACGGUGAGGUAAUCCCGGCUGAUGACAAGGGUUUCACCGCCAUCCACUUUGCAGCCCAGAGAGGCAAGCUGGCAUGCCUGCAGGUCUUGGUAGAGGAGUACAAUUUUCCUGUGAACCUGCCCACCAAAAAUGGCCAGACACCCCUGCACCUUGUCAUCCACAGUGACAACAAGACCAUGGCCCUCCCCUGCAUUCGCUAUUUGAUUCAGCAAGGGGCGGCCCUCAACACCCAGACAUGCAACGGCUCCACACCCCUGCACCUGGCAGCCCGAGAGGGUCUGCUGAGCUGUGUGAAGGCCCUGGUGCAGAAUGGUGCCAACGUCCAUGCCCAAGAUGCCAUGGGCUGUAAGCCCAUCGACUACUGCAAAAUAUGGAACCACCGCAUCUGUGCCCGGUUCUUGAAGGAUGCCAUGUGGAAACAGGACAAGAAGGACUUUGCCUGUGAGAUGAGGAAUCUGAAGAGGCUUAAGGACCAGCUGGCCCUCAUGGAGCAGGACCACCUGACUGAGUAUCAAAGAAAGCACCAAAUUCUGAGAGAUGCUGAGGUCAAGAAGUGGCUCCAUCGCAAGCUGCUGCCCCGAGGCCAAUCCCUGAUCCACAGCACUCAGCAAGAGCCCCAGGCCACCGCCAUCUCCAAGACUCCUAAGCAGCGAGGACUCUGGCCUCCCAAGAGCUUGCACCCCUCCCCGGAAGCACGCCUGCAACAGACACUGGAGCCCAAGCUGCCUCUGGUGAUGCGUAGUCCCACCUACAAGCAGCCCAGGCUCAGGCGGCCCAAGGUGUGGAAUCUUAGCAACAACCCUGCCAGGUCCCCCACUGCCCAGAUCGGCUACCCGCAGGGCAUCCGCCUGGGCGUGCAUCCCGACUCCAAGCUGGAACACGACUUCCGCUGCUUCCUCGAGGUCAGGCCUGACGGGCAUGGUGGCGCACGUCUGUGCACGGUGGCCGGCAAACAGGUGGCACCUGUGCCCCGGCUGCCUUUUGAGGUAAUAAUCCGUGAGCUGUAUCCUUCGGAGAGGCCGUACAGGAUGAAGGUGCCCCAGGGCUUUUACUCUGUCACCAUGAGCCAUGUGCCCCGGAAGCGGCACCUGGGUGACAGCAUCUUCUGGACAGACACUCUGAACAUGAACCUGAGAGAGACAUUUGACGAAGCCUUCCUGGCAGCUGUGCGAGCCCAUCAAGGGCUCCCUGCUCUGUCCUCCCCCAAAGCAUCCCCCCCUUAAACAUAUUUUGGUAGCCUCUCCACCAGAGGCCACCCAGUGACA